GGGAUGGACUGUAGAGAGAGAAAGUGAGAGGAGAAGAGGAGAGAGAGAGAGGGAGGGAGAGUCCCGUGAAGCGGCAGAGGCUAGUGAGACUCCUCGCUUUUUUUUCUUUUCUUUUUUUUUUAAUUUUAAUUUUCAUUAUCGCAAAUUCUGUAUGUUUUUUCUAUAAGUAUUCAAUCUCCGGCAGCUGCUCAUUUUUUCCCGUUCCCUUCGUCUCUCCUCUCUCUCUCGUAACACAUUCAUUCCUCGCUUCCUCACCGAUCACGAGAUCCCCAUCUCUCUCUCUUUCUCUAUCGAUGUCUACGAGACGUCGGGCUAAAUCGUCUUCCUCCUCUGGUCUGUGUCGAAGGGCAGAUUGUUGACCAGAGGAGAGAGAGGGGGAAGCGGGGAGUGGAGAGAUUUCUCUUCCCUGAGAGAAGAUUUGUUCUCUGGUAAAUUUGGUUCUUUCUCUUGGGGGAGAGGAAGAAGUGGGGAUGUCACAUUCCGGGGAAGGGAGACCCAGGUGGCUGCCGACGAGCCAGAGGAGGGCGACGACCCCACCGCCGCCACCGCCACCGAGGGAACUGGGACUGGGGGCGCUCGCUGAUGAGUUAAGAGACGUGCUAUGCAACAAGCCGGACACGAUCGACCUGAGGCUCGGGUCGCCGGUUUCCCCACAUGGACUGCAUUCUCAUCCUGGCGGAGCUACCACCAGCUCGUCCGGCUCCUCCGGCCCCCCGACAACCAGGAAGGCAAGCAACAACAACUCGGGCGAGCUCUCAGCGGGGAGCAGCGGCAGCUCCAAUGGUGGUGGUGGCGGCGGCGGUGGCGGGGCAGGAGGAGGCAGCCCCACUGCGGAGAGCGUGCGCAACUCCGGUAGAUCUGUCCGGACGGGGAACAUCCUCGCCGCUGCUCCGCCAACGGAGAACCCUCCGGAGUCAUCCUGCGUGAGGAGGUCGGUAGGCCCCGCGGCAACGGGGUUGCUGAUCCAGUCGGGAAAUCCGGUGAGGAGCAGCUCGCCGGUGACACCGGCGAAGACCGGGCGAAGCGACGUGCUUGGUUCCGGGAUGGGGAAUUAUGGACAUGGGAACGUAAUGCGGGGUGGCGGGAAGCACAGUGACUUUCCGGCUCCUAUGCCGGUGGCGGCGGGGAAUAUCCGGCUGGCAGGAGAAUCCAUGCUGGUGCGGCGGGCAAUGGAGAGCGGAGACCCGGAGGAGGUGAGGAAGGCAGGGAACGAGCAGUACAAGAAGGGGCAUUUCGUUGAAGCCCUGCGCCUUUAUGACCGAGCGUUAGAGAUCUCGCCUGACAAUGCCGCUUGCCGAAGUAACCGAGCGGCUGCACUGACGGCUCUGGGGAGGCUGGUGGAGGCAGUCCGGGAGUGCGAGGAAGCGGUCCACUUCGACCCAAAUUAUGGAAGGGCGCACCAGAGGCUGGUCGGGUUAUACCUCCGACUAGGCCAUGUGGAAAAUGCAAGAAGGCAUCUCUAUUAUUUUGGCCAUCAACCAGACCCAGGAGAGCUGCAAAAACUGCAGAUCAUAGAGAGACAUAUAAGCAGAUGCACUGAUGCCCGGAAAAUUGAAGACUGGAAGAGUGCUUUAAGGGAAGGUGAUGCAGCCAUUGCUGCUGGAGCAGAAUCUUGUCCUCAUUUAUUUGCAUUACGGGCAGAAGUGCUGCUCAAACUCCACCGGCUGGAUGAAGCAGAUUCAUCUCUAUCUAGUCUGCCCAAGUUUGAUUUACCCCUGCCUUCCUGUUCUCAGAUCAAGUUCUUUGGAAUGGUUGGUGACUCCUACUUGUGUUUUGUUCGUGCACAGGUCGAGAUGUCAUUGGGCAGGUUCGAGAAUGCAGUUUCAGCAGCUGAAAAAUCUGGGCAGUUAGAUCCACAUAACAAUGAAAUUUCAGUACUCCUGAGCAAGGUGAGAGCUGUUGCCAGAGCUCGAGCAAGAGGAAAUGAUCUUUUCAAUGCUGGCAAGUUUGCCGAGGCGUGUUCUGCUUAUGGAGAAGGUUUGGGUUAUGAUCCAUCAAAUCCUGUUCUAUAUUGCAAUAGAGCAGCUUGUAGAUCAAAGCUUGGCCAGUGGGAAAGGGCAAUUGAUGAUUGCAAUAAUGCUCUGAGAAUUCAACCCAAUUACACCAAAGCUCUUCUUCGGCGAGCUGCUUCCAAUAGCAAGUUGGAACGAUGGUCAGAUGCAGUUCAUGAUUAUGAGAUAUUGAGGAAAGACUUACCAGAUGACAAUGAAGUAGCAGAGGGAUUAUUUCAGGCACAAGUUGCAUUGAAGAAAUCAAGAGGUGAGGAAGUAUAUAACAUGAAGUUUGGGGGUGAAGUGGAAGAAAUUUUUGACAGUGACCAAUUCAAAGCAGUGGUUGCAUCACCUGGUGUUUCAGUGGUGCAUUUCAAGAGACGUUCAAACAUACAAUGUGAGCAGAUCUCUCCAUUUGUGGACACACUUUGUGUUCGAUAUCCCUCUUUAAAUUUCCUCAGGGUGGACAUUGAUGAAAGUCCAGCAGUGGCCAGAUCAGAGAAUGUGCGGAUUGUUCCUACCUUCAAAAUCUACAAGAACGGCAACAGAGUGAAGGAAUUGGUGUGUCCAAGCCAGCAGGUAUUGGAGUACUCUGUCCGGCAUUACAGUCUUUAAGAGAGUCUGAUCAUUUAUUUCUCAUUCUUCCCAUCCCUUUUGAAAUUCUUGCACUAUGCAUUCCACCAGCAGCUAGAACCUCAAUUAUUCUUAGUUUUGAGGCCGGAACCAAAAGAUUUCAACAAUUACUGUUUUUUGGCCUUAUUAUUCUUUUUAUUUAUCCCCCUGUACGUUUAUUUUUUUUUUUCAUCUUUGUUGCUUUUUUCCCUUCUUUUCCAUGAUUAGGUCAGCCCUGAUUCUUAUUGCCGCUCACCUUGAGAAGGUUGAGUGAGAAACUCUGUACUAUUACUUGGCUGUAGAGAGAGAGAGAGGGAGAGAGAGAGAGAGAGAGAGAGAUUGGUGGUGGAGAAAUCUUGUAAAUGUAUAUAUUGAUAUACAUAUUGGAAUCCAUGUUAUAUUGAAUGCUCUGCUAUUCAAAGUCAUUUUUUUCAGUCUGAUAAA